CCCAGCCCCACUGCGGGGUGCUUCCCCCUCUGAGAAACAGGAGUCAUCCUCCUGAUCUCUGUCGUCUGCGCUGGUGCCUGGCCAGGCCUCCAUCUUUGCCUCAGGGCCUCUGCUGCUGCUCUCCUCUCCUCUCCCAUUAUCCGGGUUCCUGCCGGCACUGAAGCAGUUAACUCUGCCAAGGCACCCCCCCAUCCUCGCUCCUCUCUCCCUCCCUCCCUCCCCCUGCUUCCUCUCUCCUCCUCUCUCCCCUUCCCUCCUCGGCUCCACGGCUCCCUCGGCCGCUGCCGCCUCCGACCCCCCCACCCCACUCCCCCGCCACGGCCCCUAGCCCCUGGCCGUUAGGCAAGACCCCCCCCUCCCCCGGGGCUCCCCGAAAUCCAGUUCCCCACCCCCACCCCAGCUCAUGCCCCAGCCCCCGAACUCCGGGGCUGCCAGCCCCCGGUGCCCCCGCCCCUCCUGAGAAUCGGGGUGUGCUCCCCAAGCCCCCUCCCCUCCAUUGGGGACCCCUUUUAGGGCCCCCUUCCCCUCCCUCCCACGCUCCCCUCCCCUCCCCUUCUCCAACCCCCUCUUUCCCCUCUCACCCCUCCCCCCAUCCUGGCCCCCCCUGCAAAAGUGGGGUGCGGAGGGGGGAGGGGUGAGAACCCACGGAGGGGAGGAACGAAACUCCGAUGAAGUCAGAGCCCCUUACCCGCCGCCGCGGCCAGCCCCCCCAACAUGGACUGUCUCUGUAUAGUGACAACCAAGAAAUACCGCUACCAAGAUGAAGACACGCCCCCUCUGGAGCACAGCCCGGCCCACCUCCCCAACCAGGUAAACGCCCCCGAGCUGAUGCACGUGGCGGAGAGGAACUUGUCCCACCUCGAGGCCGUCCACGGGGUCGUGGGCCACGCCCACCUCACUCCCCUCAAGGCCAAUUCUCCUCCUGUGAUUGUCAACACAGACACCCUAGAAGCCCCGGGAUAUGAGUUGCAGGUGAACGGGACAGAGGGGGAGAUGGAAUACGAGGAGAUCACAUUGGAAAGGGGCAACUCAGGUCUGGGCUUCAGCAUCGCAGGUGGCACUGACAACCCACACAUUGGAGACGACCCAUCCAUCUUCAUCACCAAGAUCAUUCCUGGCGGGGCUGCGGCCCAGGAUGGCCGCCUCAGGGUCAACGACAGCAUCUUGUUCGUAAACGAAGUGGAUGUGCGGGAGGUGACCCACUCAGCCGCGGUGGAGGCCCUCAAGGAGGCAGGCUCCAUUGUCCGCCUCUACGUCAUGCGCCGGAAGCCCCCGGCGGAGAAGCUCGUGGAGAUCAAGCUCAUCAAGGGCCCUAAAGGUCUUGGCUUCAGCAUCGCAGGGGGUGUAGGGAACCAGCAUAUCCCCGGAGAUAACAGCAUCUACGUGACGAAGAUCAUCGAAGGGGGUGCCGCCCACAAGGACGGGAGACUGCAGAUCGGGGACAAGAUUCUAGCGGUCAACAGCGUGGGGCUGGAGGAUGUCAUGCACGAGGACGCUGUGGCAGCCCUGAAGAACACAUAUGACGUGGUCUACCUGAAGGUGGCCAAGCCCAGCAACGCCUACCUGAGUGACAGCUACGCUCCCCCAGACAUCACGACCUCCUAUUCCCAGCACCUGGACAACGAGAUCAGUCACAGCAGUUACCUGGGUACCGACUACCCUGCGGCCAUGACCCCAACCUCCCCUCGGCGCUACUCCCCGGUGGCCAAGGACCUGCUGGGGGAGGAGGACGUGCCCCGAGACCCGAGACGGAUCGUCAUCCACCGGGGCUCCACGGGCCUGGGUUUCAACAUCGUGGGCGGCGAGGACGGCGAGGGCAUCUUCAUUUCCUUUAUCCUGGCGGGCGGCCCUGCGGACCUCAGCGGGGAGCUGCGGAAGGGGGACCAGAUCCUCUCGGUGAAUGGCGUUGACCUCCGCAGUGCCAGCCACGAGCAGGCGGCCAUCGCCUUGAAGAACGCGGGGCAGACGGUCACCAUCAUCGCUCAGUAUAAACCAGAAGAGUACAGCCGAUUUGAGGCCAAGAUCCACGACCUUCGGGAGCAGCUCAUGAACAGCAGCCUGGGCUCGGGGACUGCCUCCCUGCGGAGCAACCCCAAACGGGGUUUCUACAUCAGGGCCCUGUUUGACUAUGACAAAACCAAGGACUGUGGCUUCCUGAGCCAGGCCCUGAGCUUCCGUUUCGGGGACGUGCUGCAUGUGAUUGACGCCAGCGACGAGGAGUGGUGGCAGGCGCGGCGGGUCCACUCCGACAGCGAGACCGAUGACAUUGGCUUCAUCCCCAGCAAACGGCGGGUUGAACGGCGGGAGUGGUCAAGGUUAAAGGCCAAGGAUUGGGGCUCCAGCUCUGGAUCACAGGGUCGAGAAGACUCCGUUCUGAGCUACGAGACGGUGACGCAGAUGGAAGUGCACUACGCUCGCCCCAUCAUCAUCCUUGGGCCCACCAAGGACCGAGCCAAUGAUGACCUGCUCUCCGAGUUCCCCGACAAGUUUGGAUCCUGUGUACCCCAUACCACGCGGCCCAAGCGGGAGUAUGAGAUAGAUGGCCGGGACUACCACUUCGUGUCCUCCCGGGAGAAAAUGGAGAAGGACAUCCAGGCGCAUAAGUUCAUCGAGGCCGGCCAGUACAACAGCCACCUCUACGGGACGAGCGUCCAGUCCGUGCGGGAGGUGGCCGAGCAGGGGAAGCACUGCAUCCUCGAUGUCUCGGCCAAUGCCGUGCGGCGGCUGCAGGCGGCCCACCUGCACCCUAUCGCCAUCUUCAUCCGCCCCCGCUCCCUGGAGAAUGUGCUGGAGAUCAAUAAGCGCAUCACGGAGGAGCAAGCCCGCAAAGCCUUCGACAGAGCCACCAAACUGGAGCAGGAGUUCACAGAGUGCUUCUCAGCCAUCGUGGAGGGCGACAGCUUUGAGGAGAUCUACCACAAGGUGAAGCGUGUCAUCGAGGACCUCUCAGGCCCCUACAUCUGGGUCCCGGCCCGAGAGAGACUCUGACUCCGGCCCUGGCGUGGCCUGGACUUGCCCCGCCUCCCUCCCGCGGGCCCCUUGGUCUGGACUGAAUUGCCCAAGCCCUUCGCGCCCCCUAGCCUCCCUCCCGUCCCUUCUUAUUUAUUUCCUUUCUAACUGGAUCCAGCCCUGGAGGGGGGACACUCCCCUGCAUGUAUCCCCGCACCCCAGAACUGGGCUCCGGAACCCCGGGAACCUGGGGUCUGAGGGGGGGGGAGCCGGGCUCCUGGUCCCGAGCCUGUGCUCCUGAGGACCGGAGCCCCUGCCCUCCCCCAACGCACACACAGCCCAGCGGGGGCCACCUGCCCUCCCCACCUUCUCCCACACACAUUCCAGAAGUCAGGGCCCCCUCGAAGAGCAGCCCGAUGCAGGGAUGCAGGGCCACAGGCCUCCUCUCCCUCCUGAGGCAAGGCCUGGGGCCCCCCUGCCCCCAUCAGAACUCCCCAGGUCCCUUGGUUUAGCAUUUAUUUUUUCCCAUUUUUUUUCUUCUCAAAGGUGGUUUUUUGGGGGGAUAAGUGGGGGGACGCUCCUGUGGGCCCCCUGCCUUCCACGUGCCCCCCACCUUUUUUCUUUGCCGGUUUGCAUGAGUGGAAGGUCUAACUGUGGCUUUUUUUUUUUUCCCUGGGAUUUACUUUUUAUUUUACUUUGUUUUAUUUUAUUUUAUUUUUUUUUUUUUUUGGGAACGGGGAGGGAUGGGUCU